CCAAAAAAUCAAGAAAUCUGAAAAUUCCUUUUUCUCUCACUCCUUAAAUAAAAACCCUAAAAUACUCUCGAAUCCAAAUAAAAAAAAAAUCAAUUCCUUCAAAAUCAAUUUUUUUUUAAAAAAUCUCUCUCUCUAAAAAAAAGAAAAAAGAAAAAAAAAUGGAACUCAACGACCCACGCCAGCAGCAGCAUCACCACUUCACCUCUUACUUCUCCUCCACUCCCACCACCACCAACACCCCAUCACCCCCCAAUGGCCUCCUGCCACCUCAUCACCCCACAGACUCAACCACCCCUACCGGGUCCCACUUGCUCUACCCUCAUUCAAUGGGACCCUCAACCACGGCUACAGUGACAGGAGGAGGAGCACCAGUGGAGGCAACAUCAGCAAAGAGAAAGAGAGGGAGGCCCAGAAAGUAUGGGACUCCUGAGCUGGCUUUGGCUGCCAAGAAAACGGCUACAUCUGCUUCUGUUGCUGCGUCCAGAGAAAGGAAGGAACAACACCAAGCUGGUUCUUCUUCCACUACCUCCUCUUUUUCAGGUUCUUCUUCCAAGAAAUCUCAACAUGUUCUUGGCACUGCUGGGCAUGGUUUUACACCACAUGUUAUUACUGUAGCUGCGGGUGAGGAUGUUGGCCAGAAAAUCAUUCAAUUCCUGCAACAAAGCACGCGUGAAAUGUGUAUUCUAUCUGCAUCUGGUUCAGUCAUGAAUGUAUCUCUUCGCCAACCAGCAACUUCAGGAGGCAACAUUUCAUAUGAGGGCCGAUUUGAGAUCAUUUCUCUGUCUGGAUCUUAUAUACGUACUGACAUGGGGGGAAGAGCAGGUGGCCUCAGUGUAUGCCUUUCUGAUUCAAAUGGCCAGAUCAUUGGAGGAGGAGUUGGUGGACCUCUAAAGGCUGCUGGCCCUGUGCAGGUCAUUGUCGGUACUUUUGUGCUUGACAACAAGAAGGAUGGUAGUGGAAAAGGUGAUGCAUCUGGCAGCAAGCUUCCAUCACCAGUUAAGGCAUCAGUACCAAGUUUUGGCUUCCGCUUACCAGUUGAAUCUCCUGUGAGGAAUCCAGCGAGGGGAAAUGAUGACCUUCUUACCGUAGGUGGAGGCAAUCCAUUUACAAUGCAACCUUCCACUAUGCAUUUAUUAUCUGCAAGAACCAUGGAUUGGAGGAGCAGUCCAGAUGUCAGAACAACUGCAGGUUAUGAUUUUACAGGUAAAUAUAUAAGACUCCCCCCCCCUCUGUCCUCUCCCGCUCAUGGACUCACCAACUGACAUGGGUUGUUUUCAUUUUUCAGGAAGAACAGGUCAUGGAGGAUCCCAAUCUCCUGUAAACGGUGACUAUGAUUGACUUCCAGAUUACAGAUUGGUUGACUUUUGAAGCACUGUUUUGUCGUCUAUCUUCAAUCCCAGGUACAUUGACCAGAGAAAAUGCAUGCACAACCUUUUGCAACCUUCGUGGAGUGCCGGAUGGUAUUCUGUACAGUUUAGCCACACUCUCUAUACUCCUUGCUAGCUCGUGGUCCAAAAUUAGAAGUGUUAGCCUUAGUUUUAUGCUCAUGCACUCAGUUGCAACUCUUUUUUUUUUUUUUAUAUAUAUAUCUUUUCUUUUCCUUUUUUGUUCGCAUACUGGAGUUACUGGCUGAUUCCUGUUAACAUUGAAUUAAGAUUCAACUGAGAACCUGGCAUCAAAUGACAAAAGUUCCGCCAACUGAGAUAAUUAUACUCGUUCUGGAUU